CAUUGAACCAUGCUGGAUGGUGGAAACACCAAUAUGCGACGUAUUAACGACAAACACAACUAAAGACAUACGUCCCUACGACCCUACCUGCGGCUGACCACUGGAAUUCAACCUGAACUUCCCAAUGCAACGGAGCCCUUGCCACUGUUCAUUCAGCGGCCUACAACGCAUCGCGGCCUGCCUGGGCCAAGGCAUCCUGCCCCUGGACAAUGUCCUCCAGCUCGGCGCCGAGUUGCAAGGUCACCUCCACAAGAUGGUCAAGUGCGAACGAUGCGUUACCUCGAAGCGCGCGGCAGCCAUGCUGUCCCAGCUCAUACCCCGACUGAUCAGCUUCUACGAAGCCGCCCAUCUGACAGUUGCCACGGCGGAAUGGGCACGGCCCGGGCCGACGAGCACACAACUUCCUGGAGAGAGCGGCCGCGGCGUGCCGUUAGUGCAGUUGGUAUCAUGCGAGAUGAGGCUCGGGCGGCUCCCCAUCGACAGCUCCGAGGCGCGGAUGCUGGUCGAGGUGGUGCUCGUGGAUGCGAGCUUGGAUCUGAACGGGCAGCUGCAGGAGUGGAAGGCGGCGGUGGACGGGUCCAUGGAACUGGUGCAAGGUGGCAGCGAGCCCGUCGGUGCCGUCAUUGGCCAUUGCUGUGACCGCCUGGCCAAAUUGAUCGGCCUGCUGCAAUUUGGCGGUCUCUCCUCGGCCCAGUUACAUGUAUGAUUCGACGCACAACCACAACAUGCAUCGUUUGUGUUAGACAUGCAGAAAAUGACAGCCGUCUAUGUAUCUCA